CUCGACCACCAUCUCGCGUGGUUUGCAUCAAGUCGUUCACUUGGCUGUGGCCGGCUGCUUGUCAUCUACAACUCGUCUAAGGAUCCUUGCUUACCGGCGCGUUGGUAUGGCGAGUCUCGACAAGCUAGCCAUCCGUGGCAUCCGGUCCUUCGACGACAAGCAAAUCUCGGUUAUUGAGUUCUUCACGCCUGUCACUGUUAUCGUAGGCCACAACGGUAGCGGUAAGACCACCAUAAUUGAGUGUCUCAAGUAUGCGACCACUGGCGACCAGCCCCCCAAUACGCGCGGUGGUGCGUUCGUUCACGACCCGAAGAUGGCGAAUGAGAAGGAGGUGAAGGCGCAGGUCAAGCUGAGGUUCUGGUCUGCAAAUAGGACUAGGAUGCUUGCCGUGCGAAAUCUAUCUGUGACCAUGAAGAAGACUGGUGCUCUGACGAUGAAGACAUUGGAGAGCAUCUUGGCCGUGGCGGAUGAGAAGAAGGGGAGCAGAGGAGCUAUUUCAACCAAGUGUGCGGAGAUGGAUGCAGAGAUCCCCAACUUGCUUGGUGUGUCGAAAGCAGUGCUCGAGAAUGUCAUCUUCUGCCACCAAGAAGACUCCUACUGGCCCCUUGCCGAACCUUCCGUUUUGAAGAAAAAGUUUGAUGAUAUCUUCGAGGCACUAAGUACACAAAAGCCCUCGACAACAUCAAAGCGCUGCGGAAGGAUCGUGUGGCCGAUCUGAAGGCGGAGAAGGAGCGAUGGAGUCGCUGCAGAAAGAAAAGACCCACGCGGAUAAGCUGAAGACGCGUAUUUCCGACAUGUCGAGCACUAUCUCGUCCAAGCAACUAGAGUACGAAGAGACGAAGAACCGGUACAACGACCUCGUCAAGGCGAACGCACGCUUCUACGAGUCUGCGACGAAGUUCCGCGAGACAU